GUGGCCAACGGCCUGCAGAGCAACAUGCCUAAGUUUUAUUGUGACUACUGCGACACAUACCUCACCCAUGACUCUCCAUCUGUGAGAAAGACACACUGCAGUGGUAGGAAACACAAAGAGAAUGUGAAAGACUACUAUCAGAAAUGGAUGGAAGAGCAGGCUCAGAGCCUGAUCGACAAAACAACCGCUGCAUUUCAACAAGGAACGAUACCUCCUACUCCAUUCUCUGCUCCUCCUCCUGAAGGGGCAAUGAUCCCACCUCCCCCCAGUCUCCCGGGUCCUCCUCGCCCUGGUAUGAUGCCAGCCCCCCAUAUGGGGGGCCCUCCCAUGAUGCCAAUGAUGGGCCCUCCUCCUCCUGGGAUGAUGCCAGUGGGACCUGGUUCUCAGCAUGGGCCUCCUGCUCACCUUUCCUACAACUCCGAACAAACGCUUAGUGCUCCUGGAAUGAGGCCACCUAUGGGAGGCCAUAUGCCAAUGAUGCCUGGGCCCCCAAUGAUGAGACCUCCUGCUCGUCCCAUGAUGGUGCCCACUCGGCCAGGAAUGACUCAACCAGACAGAUAAGGAGAGACAGGAACCUCUUUAUAUUCAUUUUAUAUUACUUGUUCUACUUCACCAGGAGAUCAUGGUGCUGUGACUCUGGGUGUUUUCUAACAGCAUGACAAGGAAGACUUGCUUCCCCUUCCUAUUGAGAAUAGUUUUUGCAGGGGAGUAGUGAGACAAA